AAAUAGAACUACUACUACAUAAACAAAAAAAAGUUGUUUUUACGGCUCUGCUCCUUCUUUGCACAUGUAAAUAAAGAAAAAUGGAAUUAAAGUGGAAAAAACUUGAUAACAGUAAUUUACGCGGUUAUACUGCCGUAGUACCAAGUGUUGCAGUUGGUAAUGUGGGACAGCUUGCAUGUGAUUUACUUAUAUCAUCUUUAAGAAUGAAAAAAAUUGCUUCAAUAAAUAGUAUUGCAAUAGUUCCAAUAUUGGGGUAUGACCCAUACGAUCAUAAUACAAUAGAUUUAUCAAUGUGUUGUGAAUUAUACAAGUGUGAAGAGAAAAAAAUUAUUGUUCUACAACUUCGGGCACCAUUGGUGUAUAAAUAUGCAACGUCAUUUUUGAAACAGAUUCUUGAAAAAUUCAAAGAAAGCGGUAUAAAUGACAUUGUGAUAUUAACAAGUAGCUAUGCACACGAGAAGAAACACAUAAUGACGUCACCAUUUAGAUAUUUGGUAAAUGAGUAUAGCUCAUACAAAAAUGAAAUACAAAAAUUAAACUGGACCGAGCAUGAAAUCAUUGAAAAUGGAAUUAAAAUACUCGGUGGAGGUUUUGCUUCUUUACUUUAUGGAAUAUGUAUAGAGCAGUUGGUACCUUGUUUAAUUUUGUAUAAAUAUUGUUCUGAAGGAGAUAAUAUACCAGAUGCAUAUGAAAUGAUCCAAUACUUAGAUAGUGUACUGAGAAUCUUCAAUAAAGAUAAGGAUCUGUCAUCUCAAUUGGUGCAGCCUAUUUCAUGGAAAUAUUUGUAUGGGCGUCCUCCACCUAUUGGCAUUUAUUAAAUAAAAAUAUACUAUAGUAUUUGUUUUACAAUAGUGUGGCCUUACUUUUUAUUCUAUUUUGGAUAAGUCAGUCAACAGAAUUGAAGGAAUAAUCGGAUCUUUCUCACCAUAGUUUGUAUCUACUUCAAUAAAUUAUAGUUUU